AUGAUAAUAUUUAAUAUUGAAACCUUAAGACAAUAAACUAAUUAUGGAUAAACUCACCUCCAUCCCAGAAUAUCUGCUUAUCCAAAUGAAAAUGUUAAUCAAAUUCUUCCAACAAUUAAUAUGAGAUACACACCUUAUUUUAGUGAUCAAAUUAAUGAUGCUGGAUGGGGUUGUGCUUGGAGAAGUAUAUAAAUGAUGCUAUCCUCACAAUAUAACAUAACUCCAGAAUUUAGAUGGUUAUUCAGUUUCUUUGGUUCAAAGACUAUUUUAGAUAAAAUAUAUAUGCAUAUCAACUAACUUGAUCAAGUUCCUUAAUAUCUUUAAACUGCAUUAUAUGCGCCACAUGAUUUAGCUAAUGGCUGGGCAGAACCAUAUAUUGGCUAUCUUAUUCUUUAUUAUAUGGGAUUUGAGUCUAAACUAUUUUUAAUUAAUGGAUACCCACCUAAUUCAAAUGCUCCCAAAGAAGUAUUUUAAGAAACACUCACAUUUAAUCAAUUUAAAUCAUUUUUAUCUGAACAUUUCUCUUUAAGGAAAUCACCUAUUUAAAUCGAUGAUUCUCAAUACAGUAUGGUUAUUCAUGAUUACAAAAUUGAUGGAAAUAAUUCAAUACUAUAUAUUGGAGACCCACACAUUUAUUUCAUUCACAAUAAUAAAGAAAAUAUUGGAUUAUACACUGUUACUUUAAAUGAUGUUGGAGAUCAAAUCUCUAAUACAAUUACUCCUCAAUAAGAACAAUUUUAUAUGUUUAAAAAUUCUUAUAAAACAUUGCAUUUUAAUUAAAAAUAAUGGAUGGCUACAUGCAUUCUUAAAAGUUAAGACGUUUGGCUUGAUUGGAGAGAAAGAUAAUUGAUUAUUGAUUAAUGA